UUUUGCUUAGGUUUAUCUGGUAGUUUUAUUCAGGUUGUCGAUUCUGGCGAAAACAUCCUAGCCUACUAUGCACCAUGCGCCCCUGCAAAUGCGAGAUGCUUGAAGUUUAGCUCAGUGAAGUUGGCAUUCAAUGGUGAAGUGGGAGGAGUUCAGAUUCGACCGGUGUUUGUAUCAAUGAUUCCGAAAAACCUUCCGCAUAAAGGUCAGCCGCAAUCCACAUCCGAGGAAAAGGGACAAAAUGAUCCUAUGUACAACUGUUGUGAGUAA